AUGUUGGAAGGUCUUCUUGAAGACAAUGACAUCUAUCGCAAUGCACAAGCAGGAGUGUUGAUAUCCACCGAGUCUAACCCAACACUUCGUCGAAAUCGAAUUUUCGAGGGGAAAGCUGCUGGAGUAGAGAUCACAAAUGGUGCUUCUGCAACACUGGAAGCCAAUCAGCUUUUUCACAACAAAUUCGGAGGUGUGUCAGCUGUAACACUACAGAUCGAAAUGCGAUCUGUAUUAACUGUAUCAAAAAUUGCCAUCGAGGUCAUACUGUCGAGUUCGUGCGUCAUGAUCGAUUCUUCUGUGAUUGUGGAGCUGGCACGUUGGAACAUCAGUGUCGUUUGCAAACGGAAGUACGCGACAAUGACACCGUCUACGAUUCGGCCACGCCCACGGGGUCGGACACGCCCAACAUGUUGUGAUCGGAGUAAUCUUCAGUGA